AUGGUCGAUGAAGCCUUGAAUCUCUUUGAAGAAAUGCAUCGCAAGAACUUGGUUCCAGACACGGUAACUUACAGCACUCUUAUUGAUGGCUUGAGCAAAUCAAAGAGAAUCUCCCGGCUUCUUAUCCUUCUUAUCGAGAUGCAUCAUAGAGGUCAACCCGCUAAUGUAGUCACUUACAGUUCAUUGUUGGAUGGGAUGUUCAAAAAUAACGAGGCAUUCAAGGAAAUGAAAGAGAGUGGCAUUGAUCCAGAUAUAUUCACUUACAAUAUACUUAUAGAUGGCCUAUGCAAAAGUGGAAGACUUAUAGAUGCAAAAGAGAAUUUUCAAGAUCUUUCCGUUAAAGGCUAUCGUCCAAAUGUGAGGACAUACAAUAUUAUGAUCAAUGGGCUCUGCAAAGAGGGCUUGUUUGAAGAAGCAUUGGCACUCUUGUCAAAAAUGGAAGGCAAUGGUUGCUUACCAGAUGCUGUGACUUUUGAAACUAUUAUUCGUGCUUUGUUUGAAAAAGAUGAGAAUGACAUGGCGGAGAAACUUCUUCGGGGAAUGGUUGCUAGAGGCUUAUUGAAUUGAUAAAAGAAGGUAAGAUACAUCAACUCAAAUUGAAAUUACAUCUCAUUGUUGCUGAAUAUGUAUCAUAGUUU